AUGCCGAACACCAAGAAGGUAUCUGAUGGCGAGACUCUCGAGCAACGCCUGAGCCAUUACCUUCGAGCGAAGCAGAACCGCACACAACACCUGUUGGCAGAUGACCAGCGUAUACGAGACAGAAUCAACGAUAUUCAGGCCGAGAAGAUGUUACUCGAGGAUGAAUGUAUGCUGCUCGAGGAUCGGCUUGAAAGUAAUCUGUAUCAACGUCUCGAAGAUCGCGAGGGAGAGCCACUUCUGCAGGAGCUGAUGGCAGUGGAGCAAAGCAAAUGUCGUCCGGUAUGCGAAGCUAUGCAGCUGAAACUACCACGCGAAAUUCGCGACAUGAUCUAUGAGCAAGUUGUGGGCCCCCCAGCCUGGCACAACGGCCAACAUACUGUACCUGUGGUAGCAUCGAAGGAUCUCGGUGUCUCGGACGCAUUCAAGCUUGUCAGCAACAGCAUCGGUCUGUUGGCCAGCGGCGGAUAUGACCAUUUUGGCGAGGCCACACGGCAAGAGUUGGCGGAGUACUGGUACACAAGGAGUACAUUCGACUUCGGCACAGACUUGCAUCUCAUCAAACCCUUCCUCAACGGUGUUGCUGUCGGUACUAGUUGCAAAGCUCUUGAGAUAGUCCGCCAGCUGGAGACUACAAUCGACUGCAACGACGAGUUCGAGCCGGAAACCGAGCGACUUCUGACCCGUGAUCUGGCGGAUCUUACACUACGGAUCCAGCCAGCACGGUUACGAAUUUACCUACGCGACAUCCAGGGCGUUGUGCGCUAUAAUGACGACCGGCUCCUGAUCUUACUACACAAUGUCAGGCAACUUCUUCCGGACCUUCCUGGUUGGACGAUCGAAUUCGUUGUGCACAUGGUCACGAAUGACUGUCGAUUAUCGCGAGGAUGGCAAGGAUAUGCAUUCGAAGAUAUCAUACCAGGGCAUCACGUCAACCUGAUGAUACCUGGGAAUACAGCUAUGUCACUCGAUGAGUGGUCGGACAAGUUCAGACGACUUCGGAAAGAGCUUGAACAGUACUACGACGAUACACUGCACGAAGCAGACGACGAAGACGAAGAAGACGAUGAGGAAUCGGAAGAAGACGGUACUGAUGACGAGCGCGAUGAAUACCUGCCUCUUGAUAGAGAUGAGCUUCAUGAAAUCGAGAAAGAGUUGGGCGGGUGUCAGGAGGAUACGAUUAUAUGGCGGGCCAUGGGUGCCCGAUGA